CUAAAACAAAUUCCCACCCAAGAAAACGAAAAGACGCGCAGAAAAAUGCAGGGGCUACGAAGCGACGCAGACAGACGGCAAAACCAAAUGUAUUAUCCCUUUCUCCACCUCCCCAACAAUUCACACUUUCUUCUUCUUCUUCUUCUCCAACUCUCUCUUCUUCAGUCUUCACUCCGUCGGCAGCCAACCUUCUCCGCCGUGGUCCGCCAUCGACCGCCGAACAGUAUCAUCUCAUGUCGAAGUUCACUUGGAGGAUCGAAAACUUCUCUAAAUUGGACGCUAAAAAGCUCUUCUCUGUGGCUUUUAUCGUGAACGACUACCAAUGGAGGCUGAGUCUUUAUCCAAAAGGGAACAAUGCCGACCGCCAUUUGUCGCUGUACCUCGGCGUGGUUCGCUCGUCCGCUCUACCCGAUGACUGGAGUAUAAAAGCAAAGUUCAGCCUGGCUCUCAUUAACCAGAUUGACAGAAACAAAACCAUCAAGAAAGACACCGAACACACAUUCAAUUCUCAAGAAAGUUAUUGGGGCUUCACGAAGUAUACCAGACUCGAUCAAUUUCAUGACAAAACGGGAGGUUUUCUUGUAGGAGACACAUGUUUGAUUGAAGCUGAACUGUUUGUCACUGAUGCCUCUUCUCCCAAAAAAGAUUUAGAUUCAUCCGCGGACUCUAUGUACAUUCAGGCACAAUCCCUUCUUGAUUCUCUACCCAAGAUACAAUCUGCCUCAGAAACAAAUGUUACCACUACACUUGAAAUGCCAAUGUUUAAAGGCCAUGCAACAUAUGCAAAAGAAAUCCUUGACAAACUGAUAUCAUCUUCUUUGGAUGAUCUUGCUGAUCCCAAGCAUGAAUCUGCAAUGAUGCAGUCUUUGUCAACACUUGCCGACAACCUCUCCUUGUUUAGUGAUGUGCAAGCCAAAGCAGUUAAGGAUUUGAAAGCCACUUAUCCGCAAAUAAUGCAGGAAUGGAGGGACUCUAGACAAGUCAAGAAGGGCAGUGACCAUCUCUGGACUACUUUCGAGAAGACCAAGAGUUUGCUCGAAGGUUUGGUGAAGACCUACGAGGCGAUAGAGACUAAACUGAAGGACUUGGACGACAAGAAGAAGGAAGUGAAAACUGAGCUUGAGGGAGUUAAAAGCCGUAUCCAACAGCUGAAGGAGGAGCGGGUAGAAGUAUCGGAGCAGACGAAGGUUGUCUGUUCUCUUGCCAAGGAUCUGUUUAGCAAAGUGGAGGAAGAAGAGGUGGAGGUGGAUUGUGCCAAGAGAAAGCUAGAGCAGAGCUUGAAGGAAAAGUGGGCUUCAAUUAGACAACUCUUUGCUUAAGAAAAAAAUUAGUUUGUGCCUU